AUGCUUCCCUAUGUACCUAAUAUAGGUAUUUCGGAGACAUACGGUACAAUAACUCGGGCGAGUCUUUCGGUGCAUCCGACGCUGCACUGGGAAACGUCUAUUGCAAAGGCAAAAACCAAAAAAUUGACAACAUCUUCAAAGCAAAUCUUGUUUGCACCCAAAUUAGAAGAGCCAUUGGAACGUGACAAGUCACAGGAGGCAAAAGAUAGAAUGCAGAAGAAGCUUGAAAGGGAGCAGUCUAAAAUAGAUGAAAUGGAAAAGAGAAGGACCUUGUCCAGCUUUGAGAGUUCUGGACUCUAUGAUCCCACAUUGUCAACACUUAUGCCAUAUAUUCGUGAUGAUAAUAAUGAUGCUGAUGGAAAUUCAGGAAACGAUGAUGAUGAGGGGGAGGAGGAGGAGGAGGACGGUGACGAGGAUGUGGUAACUCAUGAUAAAAGUGAUACCGACGAUUCCAGCGGUGAUAGCUCUUCUGAAGGAGAACAGCAGGGGAAGAACAAUGAAUCAGAAAAUACAAAGAAACCAAAACUCAAGAAAACAUUCAGACUAAAGAAAACAGAUUUUUUUGAUCCAAAUAUCUCAACACAAGUACAAUUCUUUUAUCUUAGAAAAAAGUUACAUGUCUUGUUUGUACUUGAAGACAAAGUACUAACCUUUGGAACUAUGUCUAAAAAAUUUAGGUUCUGCAAAUCUAUCAAGCUAAAAUCAUAUAUCAAAUGUAUACAAAUGGUUCAGAUUAAUGACGGACUAGCAUUAUCACUUGUUCGAACAAAUGAUGAUGUCUAUCUCCUGAAAUGCCUCUAUCGAGAAAAAUCGUUGAUUGUAACGAAAGUUUUCUCCUUUACAAGGGAUGACACUUGGGCAGGUCUAGCUGAUGUUAAAAUUCAUGUUGGUGACACUUUAAAACUAUGUAUCAUUGACAACAUCGGUAAAUUUCAGAUUUGGGAGACCACAGGUAUCGGGAAAACAGAUUUCAAGAAGUUAAACAAUAGAUGGGAUAGUAUCUAUCAGCCACAAGAACUAUCUAAUUUUAAAAGAAUCGUUUGGGUUAACGAAAAUCGCCUGUUUUUCUACUCAAGAUCCCAGGUGUUUAACUACGAGUUGCAAACAGAUGAGUUGAUAUUGAAAGUUAACGGUGGGACAUGGACUAGGUUUCUCGAUCUGGUUAAAUGUAAUAAUGAGUUAUACUUUUUCCUUACUACAAAGGAAUUUAUUGUUGUUGAUGUCCGUGAGGGGAGCUUCAUGAAGCUAUUAUCGUGGAAACAUUAUUGGAAUGAUCAAGAUACUUCGAUGUUUAUGAAUGUUCUUAACGGUGAAGAUACAAAAUUAUGUGUAGUCACUUCUAAACACACUGGUAUCAACUUCGUAGUUGAGUUUAAUCCCAAAACUUUUCAGUUUGUUAAUCAGCCGUACCAUUUUUUCACUACAAACCAAGACCCUGCGAUAUCUAUCACUUUCAAUUUUGAGGCAUCUCAAUUAGUAGCUCUACAGAAGACAGCUGGUAAUGUUGUCUCAUUUUUAAAGGUGGAAUAUGGAAAUGGCAAUGAAAAUGUGAGGAUUGAUGACUCAAACAACACUAGGUUUGCAAAGUUUAAGUUUCCUUUUUUUCAAGAAAAUCAUUAUAAAAUACUCGAUGGUGAACCAGUCCAAUCAAAAACCGAAAAACCUGCAGAGAUAACGGCUCGAAUUUAUGACAAUUUGGAAACUUUUUUGGAUACACAGUCCACUGCUCAGAUUUCUUUGAUACAAUUGAUUGAAGAACUGCGUAUUCCAAGAAACACAAAGAAUGUGAUUAAAAUUGUGCAGCAUAUGAUUAAAAACGAUAACCAUAAUGAUACUUUGAUUAAGAUAAAUAAAUCAUGUUACAAGAAAGGUUUUAACGUUACAGGAGAAUAUGCAAACGAGGAUACACUAAACAAUCAGUUGGAUCAGAUAACUGAAUUUAUCAAUUCAAACAUUAGUGAUGAAAAUUCAUCAGAAGUAAUUUUUUACCUAUUUUUGAGCUCCAUUGAAAUUUGGAAAACCAAACAAAGUAUGAAAAUGGAAGAGACCAAGAGAGAGUAUGCGUCUUAUUUCAAUGAUUUGCCCCAUGAAUACAGAGAAAUGAUUGAUUCUUUUGAGGAAGAUUUUUAUGCCGUUGGAAUCAAUGAGUCGGAAGAUGAAUCCACCUAUUCUAAUCCCAGGUCAUCUAAUAUUUUCUCCGUACCUUCUGUUUCAAUAUCUCAAGUUGUCCCCACAGUCAGUGUUUCACAGCCAAAACAAAAAAUCGUUCCAAAGAAAAAAUCUAAAAUUGCCCCCAAGGGAAGCAUCUUUAGUUCUCCCAUCAGAAAUUCAACACAACCAUCCCAACCCCUUGAAUCAUCACAGCCUUCUCAGCAAUCCCAACUUCUCACUCAGAAGUUCUCGCAGCCUCAAUUCGGUAUAUCUCAAUCCAAGGGGCCUAAAAAGAAAAGGCGAAGAACAGGAUUCUGA